AUGUCUCCCUCAGCAGUCACCGACAAGAAGUCCUACAGCAUUGCCUCCAUCCCAGCAGAUGGCAUUGGCCCAGAGGUCAUUUCAGCUGGUGUCGAGGCGCUGAAUGCUCUAGCCGAUACUCUUGGAUCAUUUGAUCUUGACUUUACACACUAUGAUUGGAGCUCAGAUACUUACAAGAAGACGGGAAAGUACAUUCCCGACGGUGGUCUUGAUCAGCUGAAGAAGCAUGAUGCUAUCCUAUUUGGCGCCGUAGGAGCUCCCGAUGUCCCUGAUCACAUUUCUCUCUGGGGUCUCCGCCUGGCCAUCUGCCAACCCUUCCAGCAAUACGCCAACGUCCGUCCAACACGCAUCAUGCGUGGCACCCAAUCUCCCCUGCGCAAUUGCAAGACGGGAGAUCUCGACUGGGUAAUCAUCCGUGAGAACAGUGAAGGUGAAUACGCCGGACAAGGCGGUCGUUCACACCGGGGUCACCCAUGGGAAGUCGCUACAGAAGUGGCCAUCUUCACCCGACAUGCUGUUAACAGACUUAUCCGCUUUUCAUUUGAGAUCGCCCAGAAGAGACAGAGAAAGCAUUUGACUGUUGUUACAAAGAGCAAUGCUCAGCGAAAUGGUAUGGUACUUUGGGAUGAGGUUGCUGCGGAGGUCGCGAAGGACUUCCCUGAUGUUACGGUGGAGAAGAUGUUGGUUGAUGCUAUGACUACCAAGAUGGUUCUCAAGCCUGAGAGUAUUGAUACCAUUGUCGCAAGCAACUUGCACGCGGAUAUCCUGUCCGAUCUAGCGGCAGCCCUAGCAGGCUCAAUCGGCAUCGCACCAACAAGCAACCUGGACCCCAGCCGCGAGAACCCAUCCAUGUUCGAGCCCAUCCACGGCUCAGCAUUUGACAUCACCGGCAAGGGUGUCGCUAACCCCGUCGCUACGUUCUGGACGGCAGCCGAGAUGCUUGCUUGGCUUGGUGAGGAGGAUGCGUCUAAUACGCUCAUGGAGUGUGUCGAGAAUGUGACUGCUUCGGGUGUUUUGACUCAAGAUCUUGGUGGAAAUGCCAUGACCAAGGAAGUUACUGCUGCCGUUGUGGCGGAGAUUAAGAAGCUUGGAAAGGCGAACUAA